AUGAAAAUUCUUCAAACCAACAAAAAUUUCUGUACGUUUUUAGAUCAGAAAUGUGCUCACAGUCUCCCUCUAAGCUUCCGGUCAUCGAUUCAGUAUGCCGGACCUAAAACCGACGAGUGGGAUUCGGUGAAACGGCAAGUCCAACGAGCCCUUGAAGAGUUCGGUUGCUUCGAGGCUAAGUUCGACAAGAUCCCUACAGAGAUUAGGAAAACAAUAUUUGGAGCCAUGGAAGAGCUUUUUGAUCUUCCGUUGGAAAUCAAAACUCGAAAUGUUUGCGAAUUACCUUACCAUGGUUAUCUGGGCCAACGCCCUCAUGCACCAUUGUAUGAGAGCAUCGGCUUUGAUGAUCCACACGUUGCUGAAAACAUUGAAGCCCAGACUCGUACAUUUUGGGCUCAAGGAAACACCAAUUUCAGAAAAAGUAUACAAUCAUACACAAAGCAAUUGAAGGAGUUAGAUCAAACUGUAAGAAGAAUGAUAAUGGAGAGUUUCCAAGUUGAGAAAUACAUGGAUGAGCACAUGGACUCCAGUGGCUACCUUGUUAAGGUAACUAAAUAUAAAGGGCCACAAACCAUUGAAAAGCAGGUUGGGUUAAAGGCUCACACAGACAUAAACAUGUUGACCAUAUUGUACCAAAAUGAGGUUAACGGGUUCGGGGUUCAGAGCAGUACCGGAGAAUGGGUCGAGUGGGAACCCUCCAAACACUCUUUUAUUGUCGUCAUUGGGGAAUGUCUCCAUGCCACUUGUCACCGCGUGAUGCUGAGCGGCGACAAGCCGAGGUACUCCAUCGGACUGUUUUCGUUCCCUAAACUAGGUUACAUGAUAAAGGCACCCGAGGAGCUCGUGGAUGAAGAACACCCAUUGCUCUAUAAACCCUUUGAUUAUGCUCAAUACUUGGGGUUUGGCUUCUCUAAUAUUGGUCGAUAUCCCCAGUAUGAUAUUCGACCUUAUUGUGGUGUCUGA